GUCUAAGCUCCAAGUUUCGUCCGUCUGCACACAACAUCAUCCAGAACGACACGAGGCCAACAAGGAAAAUCAGAUGCGCUACGAAUAACGAUGAGCCAACGAUGGCUUUCAGUGAUAAACCAACACGCAUAGCGCAGCUUAACCCUCAAACGGGUUCCAGCGUGCGCGGUGUUGUCACGAUCGUUUGGCCUUACAAUUCCGUCAAUAACUCGAUCGCAUUCACUCUAGCAGAGCCAGAAUUCCGUCUCCGGCUUUCGAAGGGCCAGGUUCGCGUCAAUUUCGCAGGUUCGAGCGCGAAAUCGGUCGCAGACUGUGGCCUGGGUCCCGGCGACGAAGUACUUAUAAGCUUGGAAGGCGCAGAAUGGGAAAAGGCCGACCAGUCCAGAGUUCCUGGAGCCAAUAUUGACUGGCAGUUGAAGUUCUCAGAGAAGCUUCUGUUACAGGUCAACCUAGCCGACAAGGGCGGCGCGACUACGAUUAUCGACGUAGACCACCCUCCUUUACCCGAGCCCAAAGAAACCGCCGCGCCGAGUCCACAACCUGAAGUCAACAUCGCUUCAUUCGAUCUCUCGCCGGUAACGAAUUUGGCGCCAACACCACUCAAAAUCCCAUCUCUCAACAGACUGGAAGAGAACGAGUAUGCGUCCCCAGCAUUCAUCAAGAGGGCUAGGGUGUCAUAUGGCUCCCUUUUCGAGGGCGGCUUGGAUGUUUUCGAUGAUGACGGCGGUGUCAAAGGCAAAGGUCGUAAGAGAGCGCGUUUUGGACGGUACAGUGGUGCGUGGCGGUAUAGUAGCCAGUCACGGAGUCCUGAGCCGCAACCAACGCCUGCCGUAGACGAAUCGGAUGAUGAAACUUCCAGUAACAAGCAGGAGACGCAAUCUCCCUCUUCUCCACGUCCUGAGAUGAUUGAUGGGGGUUGUCAGACUAUGGAACUCGAUAUACCACCCCCAGAUACAUUGUCUCAAGACUUUGGGGAACCUUUUAAUCAUCAAACAACCCAAGCGAUGGACCCCUUCGUAACAAAUAGUGCGUUAGAUCACGGCCAUCGAGUGUUCCCUGCCAACGGCUGGGAAACGACGACACACAAGUCUAAUCCAUCAUAUAUGAGCACGGGUACUUUCGCCAGCAGUCACGAGAGAAAUGCACCGUUCGGAUCAAACAUUGAAAUUGGUAUUGGUGUUACUCACUACCAACGAGGUUGGGACCCUUCACCAAUUCAAGACCCAUCAGCUACCUACCCAGACCUACCUUCAGACGAUGUGCCCCCAGCAGAACUGCCGGACGCGUAUCGUCCUAGCAUACCCUCGCCUCCACCCGGUGGCUUCGGAAACGCCGGCUCUGCGAUGCCACAUGAAUCUCUGUUUCCACCUGUUACUUCUCUGCCCUUCCCGCAAAUCACCACCUCGGCACCCACCAAUCCUUUCGCGCAACAGAGUAUCGCUGCACCUGCGAAUACAUAUGCGCGAACGACCUCUGAAUCCCGACAACCCUUGGCCACGAGUACAAGUACUCUGCUGUGGUCCACCGUGAACAACCCCCGGCGAUCUUCUUCAAGGCCUCUCACAGAUCAUGUAGGCAGCAAUGAUGGUCAAACGCCCGAAUCUGCACUGGUCAUUGGUGAGAACGACUCCGAAGAUGAAUUAGCCGAGCCGGAGGCUCCCGCCGAGCUACCCGCUAGACUAGACCAUGGUGAGCUCUCCAUCAGUGGGCCGGGGGGGUUUGGUGCACAGGUUGAUGUCGAAGAAGGGGAUCUUGAUGAAGAUGCCGAUCUAGAAGAUGAGAUUGGCGUUCAGUACUCGGAUGACGAUGAGCCGGAGUAUGACGACGAGGAGAAGGGUGGCGACUACGAUACUCGGAAUUACGUUGGGCCAGCGGAUGAUGAGGAUGAUAGUCACGACGAAGAUUUACGGCCACAUCAAUUGGAACCAGAAUUCGACGAUGGCGAGGAAGGGGAGAAUUGGGACGAGGAAGAUGGGUACGAUGACGACGAGUAUGACGAAGAAGAAUUUGAGAGUGAUGACGAAAUAGGCAAUAACGCACCUUCAGCACCACCAUCCAAACCGGCUGAACCCAUGGUUAUCGACCUAAUAUCGUCAUCAGAAGAUGAAGGCGAUGAUGAAGAUCAAGAAACCCAAUCGCCUCCCCGGCCUCCUCAGCCGCUGACGCGGAGCAUAUCAAGUACGCAACAAGGGCCAGUUGCAGUAGAGUUGAUGCCGGAAUCGUCCGCAUAUGACCCUGAAAGCGAAGAGGACGGGGAAGGCGAAAAUGAGCGCGAACGUGAGGCAGAACACACCAGUGUCCAUCAGGGUCCGGCGGCGGCGGAACUGAUGCAGGGACCACCUGUUUAUUGUCCUCAAAGUCAGGAGGGCGGGGAAGGCGAAAAUGAGCAUGGCAAUGAAAGCAAGCAACAAGGCGCCGCGGCGACGGAGCCAAUGCCAGAACCACCCGUGUAUGGCACCAUUAGCGAAAACGAAAACGAGCCUGAACCUGAGCAACAGGAAGAAAGUAGACAAGGUCAAGUGGUGGUGGAUUCGAUGCCAGAAUCGCUCGUGUAUGGUGUUAUGAGCGACGACAAAGAUGAGCAGGAGCAGGAGCAGGAGCAGGGACAAGAACGACAGAUGACAGAGGGGAGCGAGGUUGAGGGCUUUACGGACAAUGGUGAAGAUGCCGGGUGCGAAUUCGGUGGCUCCGAAGCUGAAGAGGGCUCUGAACAAGAGCUUGCUGACGAAGAGGCUCUGGAAAACCUGGCCAUGGCUGAAGAUGAGGAGCUUGAAGAGGUGCAACUUGUGGAAACUCCACUUCUAAGUGGCACAACGCUCUCAGCCCGAUUAGACACCAGGGAAGUUGUCCCCAAAAAUAACGCUCCAGCCAUGGAAGACACAGAGCCCGAUAAACAUAGUCAAGCCCGAGCAGAUGACAUGCAAGAUGGACAGAAAGGCGAACGAGAAUUUGGCGUCGAAGAAUUAAUUGAGCCCACUGGGGGCAGUCAUCAGGAUGUCGAGAUGGGAACAGGCGGUUCUGUCAAGGAAAGCCAAACUGAUGAUGAUGCCAUGGAAAUAGAUGGGCCUGUCGACGGGGUCAGAGAAGACGACAUGGCUGGAAUAAAGGUGGUGAUUGAAGAUGUUCAAAUCAGUCGGCAGGAUGAUGUGGCAGAGCACGACCAAGCCGAGAAGAACAUGCCUCCGCCAACAUCGAGCGUCAUCGAGCAGAAGCCAGAGCCGGCAGUGGAACGUACUAUUGCGCCGACCUCGCCACCUCUAACCCAAUCAUUCCCGUCCCAAGCCAUCGAGGAUGAAGCAGAUAUUGUGAUGCAAGAGACCGCUUCCUUGGUUGGGUCCCAGUUGGCCGUGGAUCAGUUAUUUACACCCAUGGAUACACAGCCAAACGAGUCAAUCUUGUCUCAAAAAUCUGUCACAAUCUCCGAGAUGGAAUUCGUGGCAGACGAAUCUCUCAACGCCGCUGAACCCUCGUUGAUGGUUGAAGAAUCCUUGGAAGUGGUGACUGAAGAACGUCAAAGCCUGAGCACAUCGCAGGAAAGUCAUCGAGAAAUUAAUUCUGACCAGCAUGAUUCCGAAUCUGAGUUGCCCGUUGAGUUGCCGAUCAAAGCACAACCCCAAGAUACUACAAUCUCUCCAAAGGCUUCUAGCUUCCAAGAUGACGGUGGUUCCAAAUCCGAGUUGCCUGCCGAGUUACCAACCAAAGAACUGCAACAUCCUACUGUGUCGGACGAGGCUCUCAGCGCUCAAGACGAUCAGAUUUCUGGAUCCGAGCUGUGGGUUUAUUUGCCGGCCAUGGAGGGCGUGCAAGAUCCUAGCGCCUCGAGGGACGCCCAAGAGGACAUUACUGAGACCCAAACUGAACUUCGUGUGGAAUUGCCCCUCAUGGAGGAUGUGCAAGCCCCUAGUGUAUCGCAGGAGGAGCAUCUGGGGGCUCAAACGGAGACAUCAGGGCCCGAGCCUGAGUUGCGGGUCGAGUUACCAGCCCUGGACGGUCCUAGUUUAUCGCGAGAAACCCCUUUUCAAAGCCGGGAAGAUAUCCCCGUUCCUGAAACAGAGGUGCGGGUUGAGAUAUCAACCGGCAUCGUGGAAACCCAAAUCCCCGAAGAUGAUGUCGCUGUGGCAACUCGCAAUGAACACAUCACACAAUCUGUCCGGGAGGCCCGUGUGGCACUCGACCAUAAUUUUGAUCAGUCUUUCGGGGAAGGCGCCUCUUUCUUGUCACAACUAGAAGCUGAUGAUGCUCUGCAAGCUGCCCUUAUGGAGGAAGACUCGCAGUACUUUGAGGUAGAGUUCCGUCAAUCCUCCAAGUCAGAUGAUGGCCCACCCGAAACCCAGGAGCACUUGCCAGAAUACGACAACGAGGACAACAUGAUGAUAGAAGAGGAAGGGUCAGCCCCAUCUCCUAUCCUCGGUUCAACGCCAUCGAAGAUAGUCUUAGUAGAAAUCAAUGCGGCCACUCCUGAGCUACCAAAUCAGCUCGAAGUCAUUGCUGGAUCUCCAGACGAACCUGCAGACGACCUUUCGGACCCGGAUCCAAGUGUGCAGCUGGCCACAGGCGGAACAGCUCCCAAAAGUGGAAAGAGAAGACGGGAAGCCACGCCGGAAACACGGCCACACACUAGAUCUAUGGACCAGAAGAGCUUCAUGUCAGAUAUUGACGUCGACGAAAGCGUCCAGUUGGCCAAGGCAUCUUUGAAAACUCCUUCCAAAGCUGCGGCCAAGUCCUCACCUAAGACCCCCAAGUUUGGAGCUAAGGCCGCCGCCAGCUCGCCAGUUAGCACGGUGCUAGAGGGAGAAGGCAACAACGUUGUGUUUCAGUCGAGGCUUGGGCUCAUUCGUCACCUUCGAGACGAGUUGGCGGAUUGUACAAACCUGAAAGUCCUUAACCAGCACCUGAGCAAGAUCGUGGACGUCAUGGCGGUAGCGCUGAUAACGCCUGCUGACCCGCAACGGGCCAAACGGGGCCCCAGGGAGUAUAUGAUGUCUUUCACCAUCACGGACCACAGCAUUAGUCCAAACGGCGUCGUGGAAGUGCAGCUCUAUCGACCUCAUAAAGAGUCUCUUCCCAGAGUUAAGGCAGGCGAUGUCGUCCUCCUACGCAAUUUCUCCGUCGUCAGCAUCACAGACAGGGGCUUCGGACUUAAAACAACGGAUACCUCUAGCUGGGCCGUCUUUGACAAGGAGGACCCCGACGAACCAGCGCAGAUUAAGGGUCCCCCACUCGAGUAUGGGGAAGCUGAGGCGGUGUAUGCGGCAUCUUUACGAAAAUGGUUUGGACUUUUGGACGGGAAGGAGCGGCAAAAAUUGGACAAGGCCAAUGAUAAGAACGUUGCGGCGGGCAGGUCUAAGUAGAUCAUUAGGCUUUGGCUCUCAACAUCAUAGGGGAUUUUGCUGGUAAUUACAUAGCGUAGUAGGAAACAUGACGAUUUCUUCG